AUGUAUAUGAAAACAGAGAAGCUUAUACAGAAGCGUAAGAGUACCCAUAUUGCCGAAGAUCUGUCAGACACAUAUCUGAAUGAAGUCAGCUUCUUUGGAAUUGUAGUAGAGAUGUCAUUAGACCUAGAAAAGCACGGGAAGACUAUUUAA